AUGGAACUUGUUGAAGUCGAAGGUGGAAAAGAAUGGAGAAUACGAAGUGAGCUUGAUUUUUACACAUUAUAAAGUGUAAAUUUUCCUUCUUCAGAACUCCAAGAAAAAUAUGGCAAUACUUGUUGGAAAUAUGCUUGCAGUAGUUCAAUUGUGCAAUUUGAGUUAGAUGAAUUGAGAAAAGGCACGGAUUUUUUUGAAUUUGCCAACUUUUCACUGUAAAAUUGUGCAAGGAGAUUCACCCUUCAAUAUUAAUAUUCAGGUGAUUUUUUAGUGAAAAUUGAGCUUCUUUGGGAACAAAACAUUUUAACGAAUUUUGGAUGUCUUUUUAUCGAUAUAAAAAUAUUCAUUCUUUCAAAUAAAAAAUUACAGCCAAAAUAUCUCAACACUGCUCGCCAAAAUAUGACAAAACAAUUGAAUCAAAUUUAUAAUUUAUCCUCGGAAAAUUUGGAAAAUGAUCAAUUAUUUGAAGGUGUCGCUUGUUGUGUGAAAUUUCGAAAUGAGUGGUUUAGAGGAAGUGUUGAAAUGUUGACAAAAAGUGAGUUAUGUUAUGUGAAGCUGGUAGAUUUUGGAGAUACAAAAAUGGUAGAGAAAAAUAAUAUUCGAAAAUUAUCACCGAAAUUUGGAAGAAUUCCACCAAUGGCUUUGAAUUGCACUGUAAAAGGUGUUCGAAUUCAAGAAAUGGAUGCAUAUAAAAUCGAGGAAUUUCAAAAAAUCUUGGAAAGCUUGAAUUAUUUCGCGAGAUGUCAAAUAUUGUCAGAAAAUCAGCCAUUUUCAAUUAAUUUGUUUCAUCCAACAAUGACUGGAAAGAAUCUGUGUGAAAAUAUUAUGGCGAAAAGGUGUUUGAUUGAACCACCGGUGACUAGAAAAAUGAAACAUGAAGUGGUUUCGGAGGAUGAGGAUUAUUAUGAUGAAGAAGAAGAAGAUGAAGAUGCGGAAGUGGAUGAAACGAGAAUUUUCAUCAAAGAAUUUCCAAGAGCUAAUAAGGUUGGUUGAAAUUCUUCUUCAAAAAUAUGUCGGUUUGGUGACUUCAAAAAUGUUCAAAAAAUUGACUUUCAAUGUAUUUUGUUUAAUUUCCUAAAAUUCUGACAAAAGUUUAGAAUAAACACCGGAUUCACUAGGAAGCUAGUUUAGAUUUAAAAAAAAACUUGGGAUUCAAGACUUUGCCGUCAAUUUUUUAGGCAAUCCGAAUAAUUUCGAAAAAUUUCAUUGUUUGCCACGUGGAACAUGCCAAUUUGAUUUAUUUGACGAAUGAGGGAAUGAUUAAAACACGAGAGAAUAUUGAGAAUUACGCGAAAUCCAACUGGAAUAAUCUACCAAGAUUCCCUCAAAAAUGGUUUUCUAUCGGAAAUUCUUGUAUAACUCAAAACUAUCAGCGAGCCACAAUCAUCAAUAAAAAUGAAAAUAAUCAAAUGGCUGAUUUAUUUUCAAUAGAUCACGGUGUUAUUCUCAAAAAUGUUUCAAUGUCUGAAAUUCGUCCAGCUCCCUUCAAUGAUUUAUUUUCUUUACCACCGCAAAUCGUUGCUGUCAGUCUUUUUUCACCAUUUCGAAUGCAUUUUGAUGCCACUCGGAUUCUUCGAAAUAUUUUGGAAAGUGGAAAAAAUGUGGAAUUUCAACCGUAUUCAAAAUCGAAGAAUAUUCCAACUCGAGGAAAUCUUUUUGAAGAAAAGGGCAAGAAUAUUGAGGAAAUGUUUAUUGAAAAUAUCAAAAAGUCGAGAAUUCGUUUAAAUUGUUUGGAAAUUGCGAUUUAUCAACCUAAAUAUGUAAAAAACUGUACUAAUAUUGAUUUUCUGUAUAAUUUGGAACCCCCGAGAUGUUUUACUAGAAGUAACCUUGUUUCUGAAAAAUAUCCAUUGUAA